GGGACCCCUUUUGGGACUCCAUUUUUGCUUCCUCCUCCCACGCUAACCCCUUUCCCUGCUGCCCGCCUCGCUCUUUACCCCCUUCAGACUCACCCACGCUCCCGCCUCCGAGCCCCCGGCGCCCCCCGCCCUGACCCCCGGCAGCUCUCCGCCGGGCCCCGGCCCCGCCUCCUCCUCCCCGCGGCGGGCACGGCGGCCUGACGUAGUGCCGGCCGAGCCACUCGGAGAGCAGGAGCGGCGGCCCCAGCCAAUGGGCGAGGAGCGGGGGGGCGGAGCCGAGGCCGUGCGCAUGCGCCGGGGCGGCACGGUGCGGCCUACACGUGCGGCGGCGGUGGGUAACGCGGAGCCAUGGGGCGCAAGUUGGACCCCACCAGGAAGGAGAAGCGCGGCCCCGGGCGCAAGGCCCGCAAGCAGCGGGGGGCCGAGGUGGAGCUGGCCCGCUUCCUACCGCCAGAGCCGGAGACCGGCAAGAAGAAGCUCUCCAGUCACGGGAGGAAGAGGGCUGCGAAGAGGCGGCUGGGAGCGGGCAGCGCCCCGGCGGGGAAGAGGCCGCUCGGCGGCGGAGGAGGAGGGCGGGAGCCGGCAGUUAAAGAGCAAGUAUCCCCGCAGAAGGAGAAACGGGCCGUAAAGGCAGCAGGACAAACCCCUCGUGGCCGGUCUGGCUUCAGUGACGGCAAUUCAAAAUGGCUGUCUCCGGCCAAAGCCAAGAAAAUCCUGUCUAAAGGAAACAACAUGGAGUUAUCCAGCGAUGGUGAGGUGGAAGAGGGCAGCUGGGAGAUGGAAGAGGAGGAGGAUGGGAGCAGCGAUGAGAUGGUGGAUGAUUAUGGUGCCUCAUCAUCAGAGGAAGAAGAGUUGCUGCCUAUUGAAAAAGCCGCCCUGAAGCAGAAGUCUGACAGGGGAGGCCUCAGUGAAGAUGACAGUGAAGAGGAGGAGGAGGAGGCAGAGGAGGCGGUAGAGGAGGCAAGCAGGCAGAAAAUGGGACAGAAGGAGGAAGAGAGCACGGAUCUGCAGCUCAACCUGGAUAUAGACGAACAAUUUAAGCUGCCGACUAAUGAACAGAUUGAGAGAGAGGCUGCUGAGCCACCUGACCUGCACAUCAUUCACCAGCGCAUCAAGGGCAACAUGGAGGUGCUGCAGGACUUUGCAGUGAAGCGGGAGGAAGGACACACGCGACAGGAGUACCUCGCGGUGUUGCGGCGGGACAUGGCUGCCUACUAUUCCUACAGUGACUUCUUGCUCAUGAAGCUCAUGGACAUCUUCCCGCUCCCUGAGCUGAUAAACUUCCUGGAGGCCAAUGAGGUUCCCCGCCCUGUCACCAUUCGCACCAACACACUCAAGACGCGGCGACGGGACCUGGCGCAGGCUCUAAUCAACCGUGGGGUGAAUCUCGACCCCUUGGGGAAGUGGUCGAAAACGGGACUUGUUAUUUACGACUCCUCUGUGCCCAUCGGUGCCACCCCUGAGUAUCUGGCUGGGCACUACAUGCUGCAAGGAGCCUCUAGUCUCCUCCCUGUCAUGGCCCUGGCCCCGCAGGAGAACGAACGCAUCCUGGAUAUGUGCUGUGCCCCAGGAGGCAAGACCAGCUACAUAGCUCAGCUUAUGAAGAACACGGGUAUGAUCUUGGCCAAUGACAGCAAUGCCGAGCGGCUACGUAGCGUGGUAGGGAACUUGCAUCGGCUGGGAGUCACCAAUGCUGUAGUGAGUAACUGCGAUGGACGCCAGUUCCCCAAGGUGCUUGGAGGGUUCGACCGUGUCUUGCUUGAUGCUCCUUGUAGUGGAACAGGUGUCAUUUCCAAGGAUCCUGCUGUCAAAACCAACAAGGAUGAGAAAGACAUCCUGCGCUGUGCUCACCUGCAGAAGGAGCUGAUUCUUAGCGCUAUAGAUUCAGUCAAUGCUGCCUCAGAGACAGGGGGCUACAUUGUCUACUGCACUUGCUCCAUCAUGGUGGAGGAGAAUGAGUGGGUUGUGGAUUACGCGCUGAAGAAACGCAACGUUCGUUUGGUGGCCACGGGCCUGGACUUUGGCAAGGAAGGCUUCACCAGGUUCAAGGACCGUCGCUUCCACCCCUCCCUGAAGUCUACGCGGCGUUUUUAUCCCCACACGCAUAAUAUGGAUGGGUUCUUUAUUGCCAAGUUCAAGAAAUUCUCUAAUGCCAUCCCCCAGGCCCAGAAAGAUGAAGAGCCUGCUGUGGAAGCAGCAACUCCAUCCACUGACCCUGGUACCAUCACGGAGCCUCAACCGAAAAAGAAGAAACUUGAGGGAUCAAAAGCUGACAAAGAGCAGAAGCCGCCACAGCCCGCUUCGAAGAAGAGACAUUCCUUGCAGGCACAGAGGAGACCCUUGAAGGCUGGCCGGCCUUCUCCCAAAAUGAUGCGUUCUCAAGGCCCUGCCAGGAAGAAGCAUAGGGUGAAACUGAAUGGACAGUGAGCGGAACUGCUUUUCCAGGUGUUGGUCCCCUCCUUGGAGAGCAAAGGCCGGGGGCUGCUGCAGCUACGCACGUACCACCUUGUCUUUCCUGCUCUGUGCGGAUAAACUGCAGCACUGAGCGCCUGGGACAGCUGUAGCCCCGUUUGCUCCUUUCCCUCUGCAUCAAGGACUGAUGCACCGACCCAUUAAAAGUUUUAUACUCUUGCACAAGUCUUUGUCCUCUUACUCCUUACUCCUCCGCAACAGAAACCCCUUCCACACCCGUCCGACGCUCUGGCAUUUCUGGUGUCUGUUCUUACUCCCUGCAGCGUGGAUGGUUGUGAAGAAGCAGCGGGAGCUGAAAUAGUGUCCGCCCAGAUGAAGGUUGUGUUGCGUGGUGCCUGCCAGCAGAGUGCUUCCUCAGGGCAGGGCUGGAGCUCCUAGGCCAGCAGUCCUGCGCUGGUCCCUAGUUCCCUGUUGUCACUGUGCGCCAAUCCAGGUCACUGUUGCGGUUGUCCCCGUUUCACCCUUAUUCUUGGCCUCCCAGGCUGCAGCAGGGAGUGCUGCUGGUCCUGGAGCUUAUGCAAUCGCAUUCGUUCUUUUUGCCUUUU